AUGGAGCUUGAUUACUCAGGUGAAAAUGGAAGAACAUUAGAAUAAAUCAAUUUAAUAGAUUAGAUGGCCAUAGUGGUUGUGUAAGAUCAGUAUGCUUCUCAACUGAUGGUUCUAUAUUGGCUUCUUAUAGUUUGGAUAAGUCUAUUCGUUUAUGGGAUUUAAAGACAGGAUAAGAAAAAGCCUAGUUGUUUGGUCAUUAUGGUUGGAUCAAUUAAAUGUCCUACUUCUUGA